UGAAGUACAUAGAAGCACUACCAGAACUAAAACCCUGCUUAGUUCCACAACUUUCGCAAGGACCUCAAAAGGAGCACCCUUUCCUUUUCUCUCUCCGAAACUUUCUUCAGUUUUGUUAUUUGUAUUUUGAGUUUUUGGGCGGUGUCUGGAUAUGUUUUAUUUUCUGGGUUUGUUUUGAGGCUGGUCUAGUGGAUUUGUAUAGUUUUGGAGGAUUGAAUAUUACAUACUGCGGAUUCGAUGGCUACUCUCUUGCUCGUAUUCCUUCUAGCAGUGUCAGUAGUUUCUGCUGAUGAAGAUGCCUUCAUUGGAGUAAAUAUUGGUACAGACCUCUCCGACAUGCCAAGCCCAACUCAGGUGGUGGCCCUUCUUAAAGCUCAGAGUAUUAGACAUAUCAGGCUCUAUGAUGCUGACCGAGCCAUGCUCCUUGCCCUUGCUAACACAGGCAUCCUGGUGACUGUUUCUGUUCCAAAUGAGCAGCUCCUUGGGAUAGGUCAGUCCAAUGCCACUGCGGCCAACUGGGUUGCUCGCAAUGUCAUUGCCCAUGUUCCUGCCACCAACAUUACAGCGAUAGCCGUUGGGUCUGAAGUCUUAACAGCCCUGCCAAAUGCUGCUCCAGUGCUAGUCUCUGCAUUGAAAUUUAUCCACUCUGCCCUCGUUGCCUCUAAUCUUGAUAGCCAAAUCAAAGUCUCCACUCCACACUCUUCUUCCAUUAUCCUUGACUCCUUCCCACCUUCCCAAGCCUUCUUUAACCGUUCAUGGGAUCCAGUCAUGGUUCCCUUGCUCAAGUUUUUGCAAUCUACAGGGUCGUACCUUAUGCUUAAUGUGUAUCCAUAUUACGAUUAUAUGCAAUCCAAUGGAGUGAUCCCAUUGGACUAUGCACUGUUCCGCCCCCUUCCUCCAAACAAGGAAGCUGUGGAUGCCAACACCCUCCUGCAUUAUACUAAUGUCUUUGAUGCUGUUGUCGACGCAGCUUAUUUUGCAAUGUCCUAUGCGAAUGUCACCAAUGUGCCCAUUGUAGUUACUGAGUCAGGCUGGCCAUCCAAGGGUGACACAUCUGAGCCAGAUGCAACAGUUGAAAAUGCUAACACUUACAACAGUAACUUAAUCAGACAUGUACUUAACAAUACGGGGACUCCUAAGCAUCCUGGGAUUGCAGUUAGUACUUACAUUUAUGAGCUUUAUAACGAGGAUUUGAGACCUAGCUCUGUCUCUGAAAAGAACUGGGGCCUUUUCGAUGCAAAUGGAGUGCCGAUUUAUAUCUUGCACUUGACUGGUGCGGGUACUGUUUUGGCCAAUGACACCACGAACCAAACCUUCUGUGUUGCAAAGAGAGGUGCUGAUUCAAAGAUGCUUCAGGCAGCAUUGGAUUGGGCUUGUGGUCCAGGAAAGGUGGAUUGUUCCCCUUUGUUACAGGGGCAAUCAUGUUAUGAUCCUAAUACUGUGGUGGCACAUGCAACUUAUGCUUUCAAUGCAUACUUUCAGCAUAUGGCUAAAUCAUCUGGGACCUGUGAUUUUAAAGGGGUGGCUACCAUCACUACAACAGAUCCAAGUCAUGGUUCUUGUAGAUUUCCAGGAAGUGCUGGAAAAAAUGGCACUUCGGUAAAUGGCACAUCACUGGCUCCAUCUUCAAAUUCUACAAGCUCGGGCUGCCUCUCACUAUAUUUCGGUGGUGAUGGUUCUUUCACGAACUCUGUGGUCAUAGGCGUUUUACUUUUUAGUGUAGUUUUAUUGUGAAUCUAUGCACGUUUGUUUGCAAUUCUCAAAUGUUGGAAUUGUUCAAGACAUGCGCUUUUGCAACAUACCCAGUUUUGUUCCUCUAAAAGAGGAUUUGAAGGGAGUGGCAAGGUGUACCGGAGGUAUAGCCGGCAAGUAGGUGAUGGUGAGUUGUCUAUUGGAUUCUGUACAAAAACCAGACCCUCCACCGACGUUGUAUUCUUUGAACUGUGAUUUCUGAUGUGCCCAUUUAUACUCUUGGUUUAA